AUGCACUUAAACUCCACAUCCGUUAUCUCCUUCUUCCUCUCCGACCUGCACUUAAACUCCAUCGCCGCCUCGCUCCCUAAUCUCCGCGUCCUAAACCUCGACACGCCAGCGGACUUCACGGCCGCGUGCGUCGAGCACGUGGCCAGCACACUCCCGCACCUCACGGCGCUCUCGCUCUGGUCCGACGCCAUCACGUGGGAGACGGUGUCUCUCCUCCUCGCGCUCCUCCCAUCGCUGCAGCGCCUCUCCCUCAUAUCCCGCGCCUUGGGUCCGCGCGCCGUGCCCCAGCCGGGCAACCAAGAGCAUGAUAUCCACGCUGUGAGCCACCUGUUCCGCCACCUCACCACUCUGGACAUCUCCCGAAACGAGUUGUCCCCGUGCCGGCUUUCUUCCUACAACGGUUUAGCCGAGUGGAAGAGGAGCGAGGAGGUGCUGUGUCAGGCCAUCCGGGGCCUCCCUCUCCUGGAGCGCCUCGCCCUCCCCUUGGUGUCAGAUGCCGUUCUGCUGGAGAUUUCUCAGUCCUGCCCGAAACUCACCGCCUUGCACGCCCAGCCGCUGGCUCGAUCCGUCGCUGUCGACUUUGCUGUUGACUGUGGUCUUGGGAACUUCUACCUCUGCAACUCCUCCUCACACACCAGGACCUGGCUGCGUGUUGCCCUUCCUCCUGUCCAGCCUCAUGUUACCGAUGCCGGGGUGUUGGCUAUUGCGAACGGAUGCACGCGAUUGGUGCAGCUGAGUCUGGGCGGCUGUGUAAACGUGGGGCGAGUGGGGCUGCGCCAGCUGGCGAACGCAGCCAGGGAGCUUGCUGGUAAGAGUGAGAGGCGCAGAGAUGAUGGGGCAGCUGCAAUGGUGGAAGUGGAUGGGGAAUGUGAGGAGGAGAAGCCAUCUGCUGACGAGCGUGUGGGGCAUGAGAAGAAAGGGAAAAAGGAGAAAGGGUUCUAUGGAUUGCAGGAUUUCAGGCUGCAGUGGCUGCUGGUGUCUCCCAAAGUGAUUGCUGGGGACCAAUGGAAGGGGGGCAAGGAAGGUGGAAGAGAGGGAAUGGUGGGGGGUGGUGGAGAUAGUGGAGGGAUGGGUUCUGACGUGGAUUUAAGACUUGCUGCAAGGGAGCUCUUCCUUUCGUUCUUUCUUGGAGCACUUUCGAAUAUGGCGACGCCGGAUAUGACACUCGCGACCGCGGCAGGCGACGACCUCCGUCCUCCGACCUCCGAUUCGGUCUGCGUGCGACUCCGACCGUCGCCGUUCGUUCUCGAGGAUGCCGCGAACGACCCUACUAACGACCUCACUUCUAUUGCUAGUUCGGAUUCCAAGUCGCGUAUGCUGGAGCUGGCGACGCGCUUCGCCGCUACUCUCCGCGCUCUGGAGAUCCGUCCAGGCGCGGGUGGUAACGCGACUCGACCUGACGACGAUAAGCUAUCGGCCUACAGCAUUGUGCAGAUCCUUCAACGCGCGUCGGGAAUCGAAUCGCUCUCGCUGGUGAGCUGCGUCGAAGCGGUGCCCGAUCGUUGCACCGCGCCGCCCGGCUUCCUUCCUAUGACCAAGGUGGAGCUCGCCACAGUGGUGCUCCCGGCGCUGCCACGUCAGCUCAAAUCCCUGAAUCUGAGCUCGGAUCAUUUUCUGACCCCCUCGGCGUGCGUGACGUGGGCGGAGGGGGGCGAGGCCGCGGCGGGAGGCGCGGGUCGCGUGUGGGGCAAAGACGACGGCCUUCAAGUCGCCGGCUCGACUAACGUUCCCAUCCCCCCAUCGCAGGCGCCCGCGCCGCGCGUCCUCUCAGCCACUCCCGCCCCUGCUUCCGCUGCUGCCGCUGCUUCCCCUGAUGCCGCUGCUUCCGCUGCUGCUGCUGAAGCUCCUGCCGCACCUUCCCCCCCUCCGUCCGACCCUUCUCCUCCUUCCCCAACCUCUUCUUCGCCCGCUCCCCCUCCCCUUCCGCCCGCCCCUUCCCGCGAGCCCAUCUCCAUCCACCCUCCGCGUGUCUGCCUCACAGACGUGCAUCUGCACACCAUCGCCGCCUCCCUCCCGCACCUCACCUCCCUCAACCUCGACACGCGCGCGACCGCCAGCGCGGAGACCAUUUGCAACCUGGCGACGUCGCUGCCGCACCUCAAAGCGCUCUCGCUCAGCUCCGACGCCGUCACGUGGGAGGUGGGGUCGCUGCUGCUCGCGCUUCUCCCCUCCCUGCAGCACCUCUCCCUCGUUUCCCACGCCUUGGAUCAACCCCGCAACCACCCCGCCAAGCAUGCGGCUGCGGCGCCACUUACCGAGGCUCCUGCUUUGGCUGCCGCGGCAGCUGAUCCGGUGCUGACGGAGAGCGGCGUAGCGGGUGACCCAUCCGCUUCUUCCGACACUUUAGACUCUGAAACGGCUGCUCUUCUCUCGACGCUCUCCAUCGCCGCUCCAAAGCCUGGCGACCUUUUCUACUGUCCUCCGGACUCGUCUCUGGCGCCCUGCCUCUCCUCCAUCCGCCUCUACGUCUCGCCUCACCGCUCCGUUGCCUGGGGCUCUCCCCCCGCAUCCUCCCUUCUUCUCGCCCUCGCUGCUCGUUCCUCCUCAACGCCUCUACGGGCCUUCCACGCGCAGAACUCCCCCAGCUCCACGUGGCAGCUCGUGAGCCACCUGUUCCGCCAGCUCACCACUCUGGAUCUCUCCCAAACCGAGCCACAUCGCCCAUCAUCCCACCUGCACAGCGGCUCACCCGAGUGGAAGACGAGUGAGGAGGUGCUGUGCCAGGCCAUCAGGGACCUCCCUCUCCUCGAGCGCCUCGCUCUCCCGCUGGCGUCAGACGCCGUUCUCACAGCUGUUUCCGAGUCCUGCCCGAACCUCACCGCCUUGCACGCCCAGCCACUAGCUCGAUUCAUUGCUGUCGCCUCUGCUGCUGCCAGCGCUGCUAAUGAUUUCCUCCUCACCACCUCCUCUUCCUACUCCAGGACCUGCCUGCGUGUCGCCCCCCCUCCUGUGCAAUCUCAUGUUACCGAUGCCGGGGUAGUGGCCAUUGCAAAUGGUUGCACGCGAUUGGUGCAGCUGAGUCUGGGCGGCUGUGUGAACGUGGGGCCAGUGGGGCUGCGCCAGCUGGCGAGGCGAUGCGGGCGGCUGGAGGUGCUGAGGCUGGCGCGCACAGCUGUGGACGACGCUGCUGUCGUGGUGGCGCUGUUCGGCGACACCUGGCAUGCUGACGCCACAGCUGGCGCUGCUUCCACUGCUUCUCUCCAGCUGCAGUUGCCCCAGCUCGUUCUGCUGGAUCUUUUUGACUGCCCGGGUGUUUCCUCCGGCCUGCUGCUCUCCCUCUUGGCAGCGGCAAGGGAGCUUGCUGGCAACAGUGGAGACGGGGAGGAGGUGAGGGCUGGGAGAGAGGGAAGCCGCCCCGGACUGCAGGAUUUCAAGCUGCAGAGGCUGCUGGUUUCGCAUGGAGUUAUUGCUGGCAAGGAAGGUGGAAAGGAAGGAGAGGGAAGUGGAAGUGGUGUUGCUGGUGUGGACCUGAGGGUUGCAGCAAGGGAGGUGGGAAUGCUACUGCCAGGACUGGUGGUGACGUGCCGACGGAUGGCGGAGCAUGUUCUGCCUUGGGAUGGUUUCUUUGGAGAGAGGAAGCUUGCUCUGUGCAAUACUGAUGAUAGUGAUGUUUAG